CUACCUACUCCACCACGGUUUUACAUCUUCUGGUGGAGCUGAGACCAUGGCGAAAACCUGAAACCUUCGGGACCCGCUCUAUUGACAGUUUUCCAGAUCCAAAGCAACAAAAAGAUGAUCCGGCGUGAUUCGGAAUUUAUAAGCAAGUAUGAGGCUCUUGGAUGUUGUGACGCCAAUCCCUUCGAGGGGCAUAUAAAUGCUGUCCGUUCCUGUCAGGGGUAAACCACAAACCUAUCAUACAGACACCAAAGCCGACACGCAUUACGAUCAAAGACGACAAAAUGCCAUCCCUUCCAGACGUCGACGUCGAGGCUGCUCCGGGGCUCUCCUACUUCACCCCGGCCCAGAGCCCCCCAGCGGGAACGGCUGCUGAUCCCCAGAGCAGCGGCAAGCCCGUGCCCAAGCUCUUCAAGCCUCUCACCGUUCGCGGUGUAAGGUUCCAAAACCGCCUUGGUGUUGCACCCAUGUGCCAGUACUCAGCCGAGGAUGGGCACAUGACCGACUACCACCUCAUGCACCUGGGCAGCAUUGCGCAGCGCGGCCCAGGCAUGAUCAUGAUCGAGGCGACAGCGGUCCAGCCCGAGGGCCGCAUCACGCCCCAGGAUGUUGGCCUGUGGAAGGACUCGCAGAUCACGCCCAUGAAGCGCGCCAUCGACUUUGUGCACAGCCAGGGCCAGGUCAUUGGCGUGCAGCUGGCCCACGCCGGCCGGAAAGCCAGCACCGUGCCGCCGUGGAAAUACAACGAGGCCGUCGUCGCGACGGCCAAGGUCGGCGGGUGGCCCGACCGCGUCUUCGGGCCGAGCACCGUGCCCUUUGACGAGCAUCACUGCCAGCCCAAGGCCAUGACCAAGGAGGACAUUGAGCGCUUCAAGCAGGACUGGGCCGCGGCGGCCAGGAGGGCUCUAACUGCUGGCGCCGACUUCAUCGAGAUCCACAGCGCACAUGGCUAUCUCCUUUCGUCCUUCCUGUCGCCCCAGGCCAACACCCGGACGGACGAGUACGGCGGCUCGUUUGAGAACCGAAUCCGGCUGCCCCUGGAGAUUGCGCAGAUUACACGUGACGUCGUUGGAGACAAGGUUCCCGUGUUCCUGCGCGUCUCGGCCACGGACUGGGUGGAGGAGGACGUGCCCGAGGAGAGCUGGACCCUGAAGGACACGGUGCGGUUCGCCGAGGCGUUGGCUGCCCAGGGUGCUGUCGACCUGAUCGACGUCUCUUCGGGCGGUGUCCACUCGGCGCAGAAGGUUAAGUCUGCUCCGGGCUUCCAGGUGCCGUUUGCCGUCGCGGUCAAGGAGGCUGUGGGGGACAAGCUGCUAGUUGCGACGGUGGGGUCCAUCACCAACGGUAAGCAGGCAAACCGUUACUUGGAGGAGGAAGGGCUGGAUGUUGCCCUAGUGGGACGUGGCUUCCAGAAGGAUCCUGGUCUGGCCUGGACGUUUGCUCAGCACCUUGACACUGAGAUUGCGAUGGCCUCCCAGAUUCGCUGGGGCUUCACACGCCGUGGUGGCACGCCAUACAUUGACCCGAACACGUACAAGCCGUCCAUUUUAGAGUGAACCUCAUUAGAGCGAGCGUUUAGAUACCUAGGGGUAGAGUUUAGACAUAAUCUUAGCUCAUAGAAUCGUCGGAAUGAGUAGGUAAU